GGUUAUCAGUAAGAGUAAUGCUGUCCCCUCCCUUCCCCACUCUGCCCUCAACAACAGGCAGGCAGGCCACCGGGACAAAGUCCACUAGUCACGCUGGGCCUGGGAGAGUUUACAGAGAGAUCUAGGAAAACACUACCGACACACCAGGAAUAAUACACUGUCUGGGUUGUUAGAGGACUGAAUAUUCAAUCAGAAGACUGGUUUAUUUGAUUGAGAACCAUGAUGGCAGAUUUUAGUUGAUCAGAUGGAGGGAAAUUAGCUGAUUUUCAUUGGUUGAAGAGAGAGAAGCAGGCAGGGGAACUGUGCAGUAGAGAACUAAAGGAGAAGCAGAACCAGACCUCGGGACAGAGGCCUGUGAGUGUGUUGGUGUUUGACCAUGGUGCUGAUCUACUGUGUACCUUUCCAGUGCAUAUGGACCAGACCAGACCAAGAUCAGGAGGAGCUGGAGGACACAUCAGACGAACAGGGCAGAGAGGCACUGUUAGGGGGUGAAGAGGCGCCCUCUCCUUCAGCCACCGGUACCACUCUCACCCCAACAUGUUCCCUAGAUUCUCCCACCUCACCCAUAUUAAUCACAUCACCCAUAGCAACAGGCGCAACGGAAACGUCCACGUCCGUCACCCCCAGGCGGAGGGCGGGGCGAUCGAGGCCUCGGCCAAUCUCUGACUACGCUCAGCUGGUUGCCAGGAAGUACGCCAUCCCCGAGGAGGAGGCGGAGCUACAUCCUGAGGAGAGGACUACAAAUGGAACUCCCUGUCAGGACUUCAAAAGUAAUGGAGGCUCGCAGGACAGUGACAGCCAAGAGAACUACAAUAUGAAUGGAGAUCUCCGGUGCCGGAGAAGACGGCCUAUGUCUGUGAUUGGAGGAGUGGAUCUGUACUCUUCACCUGGCGCUGAGGAGAGAGAGGACCGCCUGCCGUCUCCCCUGUCACGCCCCCCUGUCCCAUCACACCAAGUGCCCUCCUACAGGGCUGUGUCGGCCAGGUUCCGCCCCUCCACCUUCUCCCAGAGCACCCCCAUUGGACUGGACCGCCUUGGACAACGCAAACUACACAGAGUUCUCAGUGCAGACGGAGGCUCAGAGUGUUGUGCAGCGGUGGAUGGUGACAGUGUGAGUGAGGAGGAGGGGAGCUUCGAUGAGCUCAGUGAUGUCACAACGUACCUGCAGCCUGGGGUGGGGCUGUCUGCUCUCAGCCAGUGGAUCAGCCAGGGUCAAGCUGUGUAUGCAGAGGCCCUGUGGGACCAUGUGACAAUGGAGGAGCAGGAGCUGGCGUUCAAGGCGGGGGAGGUGAUCCGGGUGCUGGAGGCCCCUCACAAGGACUGGUGGUGGGGCAUGGGGGCAGACAGGGAGGCCUGGUUCCCCUCCAGCUUCGUCAGGGUGCGUGUGAACCAGGAGGAGGAUUCUGGAGCGGAGAGUGUAGAGCGUUGUGCUCUGGACCAGGAAAACCCACACACUGCCCCCUGGGACACGCACAGCGCUGAGCACCGCCACCAGAUGAGGACCAACGUGGUCAAAGAGAUCAUGAACACAGAACGCAUCUACAUCAAACACCUCCGGGACAUCUGUGAGGGCUAUAUCCGUCAGUGUGGUAAAAACCCAGGCAUGUUCACUGAGCUGCAGCUGAAGACCAUCUUCAGUAACAUCGAGGACAUCUACAAGUUCCAGAGACAGUUCCUCAAAGACCUGGAGAGGAAGUACAACACAGACCAGCCUCACCUCAGUGAGAUAGGAGCCUGUUUCCUCUUACAGGGGGAGGGUUUUUCCAUCUACUCUGAGUACUGUAACACCCACCCUGCAGCGUGUGGGGAGCUGCAGCGCCUCAUGAAGCUGGGCAGGUACAAGCACUUCUUUGAGGCCUGCCGGCUCCUGCAGCAGAUGAUUGACAUCUCCAUCGCCGGCUUCCUGCUCACGCCCGUCCAGAAGAUCUGCAAGUACCCCCUGCAGCUGGGAGAGCUGCUCAAAUACACUCCCAAAGACCACAGUGACUAUGGUGGAGUGAGUGAUGCGUACGAGGCGAUGAAGAACGUGGCGAGCCUCAUCAAUGAGGGGAAGAGGCGGCUGGAGAGUGUUGACGCCAUCGCUCACUGGCAAGUGGCCAUCCUACGCUGGGAGGGAGCAGACGUGUUGGAGCGCAGCUCGGAGCUGAUCCACUCUGGAGAGCUGACCCGGAUCGUGUGCCAGGGCAACAAGACACAGCAGCGCAGCUUCUUCCUGUUCGACCACCAGCUGGUGUUCUGUAAGAAGGACGUGCUGCGCCGCGACCUGCUGUACUACCGCGGCCGCCUGGACAUGGACCACACGGAGCUGCUGGAGAUGCCCGACGGCAGGGACCCUGAGCUGGGCAUCUCGCUGAAGAAUGCCCUGUGGCUCCGGAACAGCUCCACUCUGGAGACCCUGUGUUACCUCUGCUGCAGAAAGCCCCAGGACAGACAGCGCUGGCUGCAGGCCUUUGCCAGGGAGAGACGAAGGGUACAGGAGGACCAAGAGACGGGAAUGAAGAUCAGUGAAACGCAGCGAAAACAAGCAAUCUUUAAUGCGAGGAAAUCCCGACAAGGGAAAAUUAAGACCAUGGGCUACUCUGGCAAUGUCCCGCCCCACCACCAGCCCCUGCAUCCAAUUCACCAGCGCCACGUUACCGUGCCAACCAGCGUGCCUCAGCAGCAAGUGUUCACAUUGGCCGAGCCCAAGCGAAAGCCCGCCCAUCUGUGGUACACCUUCACCCGACACACCUUCUUCAGGAAGUGAGGAUCCCCCACCUGGUCCUGACUCUAAAUGGUCUCACCACGCCUAGAAUCGUCCUGAUAACUCAGAAAAACGUACAGUUGUUAUGGACCCACAGGACAGUAUCUGUGCGCGUACUGCUUUGUGUAAUGUGUGUUUUAUCAAUGUGUUUGUGUUGCCUCUUAAAGUGUCUAUCUGUGUGUUUUGUUUGUUAUGGCAUUAUUUUUGUCUGUUUUUAUUUGUCUAGUUAAAUCAGUGCCUGGACUUGUUAAUAUACAUACAGACUGACACCCCUCCAUGUUGCUGGUGUGGUGAAGAUACUGCUUUUGUAGUCUGAGAUUCCUUUACACCCAACCGCCUAGUAGAAACCUGUAUUAUAGUAAUUAUGGCAAUGAUGUACUACACGUUCAGCUUUUAAAUUACCUGUCGAAUAUUUACCUGAUAUCUUGGUUUUAGUUUAUUUCUCUGAGGCUGGACCCUGUUGGCGUUAGACUGCUAGUGAAAGCACAGCCUACACACAGGACAGUGUACCCACGUACUCACAGGACAGUGUAUGUACACACACAAAUACGUACCAACAGGACAGUGUACCCACGUACUCACAGGACAGUGUAUGUACACACACACGUACUCAACAGGACAGUGUACCCACGUACUCACAGGACAGUGUACCCACGUACCAUCAGGACAGUGUACUCACAGGACAGUGUACACACGUACCAUCAGGACAGUGUACACACGUACCAUCAGGACAGUGUACCCACGUACUCACAGGACAGUGUACCCACGUACUCACAGGACAGUGUACCCACGUACUCACAGGACAGUGUAUGUACACACACAAAUACGUACCAACAGGACAGUGUACGUACACACACAGGACGGUGUACGCGCGCACACACACACACCCACAGGACAGUGUACACACACAGGUUUACACACGCACUAACCCUGUUAUCACUGUUGUAAAUAAACUCUUGUACCAAAUGCAAGUGA